AUGCCUAGAAAACUAAAUCAAAGUGAAAAGAUCAGAAUUUGCAAGGAUAUACAGUCGGGUCAUAAGGACAAAAUGAUUUGUGAAGGAUUUAACAUCUCUAAAGGAAUGCUAUACCGACUAAAAAAGAAAAGGGAAGGAAUCUUAGCUCAAGGUUUCUCAACAUCCGAAGGGACAAUUGGAUACGAAUUGAAUGCCCAAGUUUACGAGAUUUUUCGUAAUCUCAGGUCGAAAGGUUUCCCAAUUAAUUGGUCAACCUUAAAGCUUAUUGCACGUAAAAUUGCGUAUAGAAAUUCAAAUCAUGAUUUCACUGCUUCUAAUGGAUGGCUUUAUAGAUUUAAGAAACAAUUCGAAAUAAAAUUCAGAAUAUUACAUAGCGAAUCACGAUCAGCUGAUAAAGAAGGUGCGGAAAACUUCCGAUCAACUUUCAAUGAUUUGCUUGAAAACUAUGGGGGAGAAAACAUUUUCAACUGUGAUGAAACUGCAUUAUUUUAUAAAGCUGUUUCCAAAAAGAGUUUUGUUGAAAAAAAUGAGUCACACAGCGGACAUAAAAUAAGAAAAGAACGUAUGACACUUCUUUUGUGUUGCAGUUACACAGGAGAAAAAUAUAAACCGCUUAUAAUUGGGCGUACGAAGUCACUAAGAGUAUUAAAAGGUGUGAAUCUGAGAGAAAUUGGCAUUGAAUAUGAUGCUUCGUGCAAAGCCUGGAUGACAAAAAAUAUUUUUGAAAAUUGGUUAUCUCGAUUUAACGAGGAAAUGAGAGAGAAAAGAAGGAAAAUAGCAUUGUUAAUUGAUAAUGCAACUUGUAAUGCUGUUUCUCUCAAACUUUCAAACGUCGACCAAGUCUACCAGAUAAAUAUAUUUGGUUCUUUGAAUUAUUUAAAGCUAGCUCAGAAAAAUCUCCAAGCUUGUUUUUCUAUUAAUUUAUAA